ACAUGCUUUGUUUAAUUUAAGAUUUCUUUUCUGAGAUGGUGUGGGGACGAUGCAAUGUAUCAUUUCUCACGAGCGUGUCUUUCUGAAACGGGAGCCCUUCUUUAUAUUUUUUUUAUUUCUUUUUUUAAAUAAUUGAGGUUAAAAUUAUUUCAAUCACAAUUAAGGUUUUUUAAGGAUUCACCACUUGUAAUUGAGGUUUUUUACGUAAUGUUGCUACUAAAACAUAUUUUUAUUUUUUUGCAAAAACAACCCCAAGAAAAGGAGGCUUAAAGGUUUUUUUUUUAAUUAAUAAAAACUAAAUUUUGCCAAAAAUAUUGUAAUGGAGGUUGCAAUCAGGGCUUUGUCAUAGGUUCGGCUCAUAGUAAUCCAGGUUUAAUGUUGGCUGCUCUUUGGAUCCUUGUGGUAGUUUUGCUAACUUCCGUCCGCAUUUGGAUCCAAAAUAAACCCAUAGGCCAAGUCCUAGGCCUAGGGUUUAUUAACAAAUUAAGAGUUAGAUCUUUUCCCUUCCAGCCCACAAUUUAUCAAGCCUUUCUUUGACCUAGCUAGCAUUGCCUACCUGCCUGCCUGUUCCCCAAGUUCCCCGGCCCCUGCUGCAAACUCUUGUUUUCUGUUACACCAUCCAUUUGCAUUUACAAGUUUCAAUUUCUUUGCCACUCCCAAUCCAAAACCCUAAACCUGGACAUAAUCCACUAACAAUAAUCAAUCUCAAACAAUGCUGGUUUUCUUCACUUACGCUUCCAAUCUCUUCAAACCCAGAAGCCGAUCGCCUCUCACACCUCUCCCUUUAACUCUCUUCUACGACAUCCCGUCCAAAAAGCCCAUGUCUCAAUCCACCUCUAUCCCCAAAAAACAGCUAAGAGUCCGCGACCACGGUUUCGACAACUACAUGGAAGUCGAGAAGAAGACCCGCAAAGUCCUCAAAUUCCAAUCCCUCAUCCUUUCCCAACCAAGCCAUACCCUCCCCAUCUCUCGUUUCGACUCUCUCGCUCGUCGCCUUGGUCUCGGCUUCAAAGAAAACGAAGCCGGCGCUUAUCUCCUUAAAUUCCCUCACGUUUUUGAAAUCUAUGAGCACCCAGUUCUUAGAAUCCUCUAUUGUAGGCUAACCCGGAAGGCGCUUCUCCAAAUUGAGCAAGAAAAAGAAGCACUCAAUGCCCAGAUACCUGACGCGGUGACCCGGUUAAGGAAGUUGCUUAUGAUGUCGAAUACGGGUCGGUUAAGACUGGAACACAUUCGGAUUGCAAGGAAAGAAUUCGGGUUGCCUGAUGAUUUCGAGUACUCACUAAUUCUCAAUUAUCCACAAUUUUUUAGAUUGUUUGAUGCUCAAGAGACUAGGAAUAAGUACAUUGAGAUUGUUGAAAGAGAUCCUAAGUUAGCUGUUUGUGCUGUAGAGAAAGUUAGGGAGAGAGAGUAUAGAGAAAAAGGAUUUGACGCUGAGGAUAUUAGGUUCUCAUUUAUUGUGAAUUUUCCGCCUGGGUUUAAGAUAGGUAAGUACUAUAGGAUUGCCGUUUGGAAGUGGCAACGCAUUCCAUAUUGGUCACCUUAUGAGGAUGUGUCUGGUUAUGAUUUGAGGUCAUUAGAAGCUCAAAAGAGGAUCGAAAAGAGGGCGGUAGCAACUAUUCAUGAGUUGUUGACAUUGACUGUAGAGAAGAAGAUUACGUUGGAGAGAAUUGCACAUUUUAGGAUGGCAAUGAAUUUGCCUAAGAAGUUGAAGGAUUUUCUGCUUCAGCAUCAGGGAAUAUUUUAUGUUUCAACAAGGGGGAAUUAUGGGAAGCUUCACACAGUGUUUCUUAGGGAGGCUUAUAGGAAAGGGGAGUUAAUUGAGCCAAAUGAUUUGUAUUUGGCGAGACGGAAGUUGGGCGAGUUAGUUUUAUUAAGCCCUAGGAAGGCAAAGGUGGAUAGGGAACUGGUUAGCUAUAGGAGGGAUAGAGAAGGCAAUGAAAUAGCGUGUGCUAGACGAGACUAUAUGGAGAAUGAUAUUGAAGAUUUUGGGGUUGAGGGUAAAAUCAGGCAAGAUGGCAAGGGAAAUGAUGAUUUAGAUUCAAAUAUGGUUUCCGAUUUUGAAUCUCGUUAUACAGAUGGGAAUGAGGAUUUUGAUGAAACUAUGGCUCAAAAGGAGGAUACUUGUGUAACUGAAUAACAAGACUCUGUUUUUGUUGUUUUAGUCUUUUUUUAAUUUGGUAAUAUUGAACUCAUAAUGAGUCAGACGUGACAGUGAAGGACUAUCCUUAGUAUUCGCUAAGCAUCAACACCCAAAGGACAUUUUGGAUUAAGGAUUGCCAUGUAAGAUCUUCAGAGUGUCAAUGGGUUUCUAAGUUGUAGGUGGAACUAGCAUCUCAUUUGUGCUUAAUUAUAACUUCAGGCUUUGAUGGACCACUCACAGAGUGGGUGAAUACUUGAGGUUGGUUAAAUUUUAAUGGGAUGGACUAUUGGAGCUGAAGCCAUCUAUACUGCCAUUGUUCUUGCCUGUGUUACUCACCAAAGAAAGAAGUUGAAAAUUUUCAUCAGAUUCUGUCCGCCCGAAUCCUGGAAGUAGGGUUGCCAUAUGACUGUGAAGUGUGAACAUAAUACAAGUAGAAGCCGUCACGGGGCUUUAUAUUACUGGUUGUCCAAACAAAUAAUUCGUGGCAGCAGGUUGCUUUGUAAUUGUGAUACCCGAGCCACAACUCUAUAAUCAACAGCACUGUUCAUGGCGAGUCAAAGAUUGGUUUUGAUUAUCAAACCCUUUUUCUGUCUUUGUAUAUUUGUCGAUUCUAUUGUGAAAAUUUCAAUAAUCCGAUGAAAAUGGAAAGAUAAUAUUCUAAAAUAAUUGUAGCAAUAAUAGUUUAUGCUAAUCUUAGUAUUGUUACUCCAAUCACUUGUCAUUACUAAUACAUUUUGUAUUUGUUUUGGGUGGACUGGUGUUCUCUCAACUGCCGAAUUGGCCAUUUUCCCAUCUGUCAACCGCCCACAUUCCCCACAAAUUACCCAAACUCGAGGUAAACUUGAUGAGACUAAUCUCCUGUCUGAUCUACUCACAGUUUUUCAUUUCAAACAAGUCAUCCCUUUGUCAUCUCCGGCAAACUGAUCAUCAUCCAACCAAUCAAGUAAUAGAUAACCGGCCAACAGAGAAUUUUAAGUGCUGAUCGUUGUUGAUCUGGUUGAUGAACAAUAUCUGCAUCCUGGUUGUCGUACUCUGUCAAGUAGCAGAUAUUUUCUCUUUUGGCAGACACGAGGGGGCACGCGCUUUACGACCUUUUAACGCCAGGUGGCCCAACAUGGACUCAGGGGCCGGGGCGUAGGACUUGUACAUUUACUUGGUUGAAGCAUUAGUAAAAAAUAGUCGGUUAUUAUUAUUUUUGAAAAAAAAAGUAGUCAGCUAUUAUAAUUCUGUAAAACUAGUUUUUUAGCUGUUUAAUCUAAAAAUAG